AUGGCCUUGAGCUGUAACAUCUUUCAAAUCCGUGAGCACUUGAUUGACCUGGAGCCCAGACCCAGUCUCUGUGGCUCCAGGACCAUCCGCAGACAUGAUGAUGUCAGUCUACCUCCCCAAGAGCGGUUCCAGAUCUUAAGCGCUCUAGGGCAGGACAUCAAAAUCAACAAAAAAUUUUCCAAGGCUUCUUACAUGAGCCUGAGAGAUGACUUCUUCAAAAUGGCAGCUGACCUGGAUGAAUGUGGAAAAGAAGAAUCAGCCUUUAUUCUCUAUCAUAAAUUCCUCACAUUAUAUUUGGAAAAACUGAACAUUGGCCCAAAACUUUGUAAAAGAGAUGUCAAAGGAAGGAGAUCGAACUUCAUCAAGACUCUAAAUAUAGUUUUUGACAGGGCUGAGGCUCUGAAGAGGAAACUACUAGAGAAAUACAACAACGAAUACGAAAAAUACCUAACAGAGCUGAAAAAGAAAGAAGAGGAAGCAGCAGAGCGGGCAGCCUUCUGGGAGGACAUAAGAGACAUCUUGAAACAAUCAGGAUGUUCCAGUUGGCACUCUAUUCCAUCUGAUCCUUUGUAUGGAUCUGAAGAAAACAAAAGUGGAGAAGUAGGACCUAGUGCAACAGUAACAUCAACGGAAGCUCAACCUUCCUCAGUACCAACCCAAACCUCCAGCCCAGCACAGCAGUGUUCAGUAGAGGAGAAUGUGAAGGUCGUCACCCCAAGCACAUCAACAUCUGCUGAGCAGCCUGGGGAAAACGACCAAGAGAAAAGCACAGUUCAGAAAGUCAGAGGCCUACGUCCUGUGAUCCUCCCUCACGAUUUAUGUGAGACAUUUUUAAAGUCUGUGAGGAAGAACACUAAGAAGAAAAUUGAGACCUGUGGUGUUUUGUGCGGAUCCAUGGUAGGAGAGGAAUACCAUAUCACGCACAUAGUCAUACCACUCCAGAAAGGAGGCCCUGACUAUUGCUAUGCCACCAACGAAGAGGAACUGUUUUUUAUUCAAGAAGAACUGGGGCUUCUCACCUUAGGGUGGAUUCAUACCCAUCCAACCCAGAGAGCAUUCUUGUCCAGUGUGGACCUACACACCCAUUUUGGCUACCAGCAGAUGCUGCCUGAGUCCAUCGCAGUGGUGUGUGCCCCCAAAUACAAAGAAACUGGAAUUUUCACACUGACACCUAUUGGUCUAAAAGAAAUUUCCUGCUGUUCCAGGAGGGGGUUCCAUCCUCAUAGAGUAGACACUCCUCUCUUCUGCGACUGUGGCCAUGUCACCACCAAGAACACCACGGUGACAGUCACCGAUUUACGAUGA